AUGGGCUGCUGGGGCCAGUGGCCACUCUGGAGCUGCGUGCUGUGGGGUUUCUGGGUGCUGCCAGAGCCGGGCAGCACCUCCUUCUUGGCCGACAGCACCAGGGCCGGGCUGCCUCCAGAGCUGGGCAUGUGCCAGGCGUUCCCCAUCCCCGCAGCUGCCCGGCCGGAGCACCCCUCUCCCGCGGGCAGGAGCACCACCACCACCUCCGUGGGCGCAGUGCCGGCAGCCUUGCUCUACCCCUUCGGCACAAAGGAAGGGGACCAGGAGUGUGUCCAGAGGACAGUGGAUUUUAACUCCCCCCUCUUCAAGCCAGAGAUCGGGUUCCCCUUCGGGAAUUCACUGCAGGAUGCUCUCUAUUUUACAGAUAAUGGACAGAUCAUUUUCCCACCCACGGACAACUACGUCCCCUCCAAUCCCAACCCACCUCCGCAAGGCUUCAGUGGCCAGGAGGGUUUGCCGAUGGUGGCCGCCUUCUGGGACGACGCAGAUUUCUCCCAGGGUGUUGGCACUACUUGGUAUCAGGAGUACUCCACACUCAGCUCUGUCCGAGACCCUCUUGUUCAUGAUGUGGAAGCAAAGAUCAAGAAAUACCUGAAAAUCCCCUAUGUAGCAAAAUGGACCUUGAAGGUGACAUGGGAGAAGGCUCCAGCAUACCCGUCCCAGAGGAAUGACACUCAGACAAGCACCUACCAGGCAAUCCUCACCACCAAUGGGAACUGUUCCUUCACCCUGCUGCUGUACCAGGAUGGUGGGAUGCGGUGGGACUACACCAAGCUGGCUGCAGACAAUGUGCUGAUUGGCUUCUCCAGUGGCAAUGGCUAUGCCCAAAACAACGAGCUGACUCAAAAGCCAGCGGCUGUCAAGUACCGACCUGACCAGCACAGCAGCGCCAGCACCGAUGUGCGUGGUCUGUGGAUCUACAGGCUGGACAGCCGCUCCCGGGUGAACUACAGGCUGCGGUGCCUGGUGUGGCUGGACGCAGAGCCAUCACCAGCCGCCUGGAACGCUCGGCUGCCACCAUGCCCCUGUUCCUGGCCCCAGGCAGAGCUGGACCCCCGCUUCCGCCGCAGUGCAGGUGCCAAGCGCAACACCCCCAGGGCCAGCCAGGGGUGUGUGGUCCCCUCUGCUCUGGGGUGGCCGUCAUCCUACCGCACCAUUUCAGGCCCGGCAGACCCCUCGGUGAGGAUGCUGCGCACUGCAUCCCCCAGCCCGGCGGGAGCCGGGGUGCGGUGUCUGUACCGAGAUGGGAGCUUGCUUGAAGGCUGGCAAGAGAGAGCAUGGAGCCUCCCCAUUCACCCCGCCACUGAUGGGGAGCUGGAGGCGUUCGACUGGUGCUGCCGGCGCGUUGGGAAGCCCCUGUUCUGUGCAAGGUUUGCUGAGAAGAGACCAAGGGUUGGCUGCGAGGGAUAUGUGCCACCCACCCCUGCUGGUGCCUUUGGGGACCCCCACAUCACCACUAUGGAUGGACUCACCUACACCUUCAAUGGCCUUGGGGACUUUGCCCUGCUCCUGGCUAGUGAUGCCCAGACCAGCUUUGUGCUGCAUGGCCGCACAGUCCGGACAGGCAUGGCUCAGGCCACCAACUUUGUGGCCUUUGCUGCCCAGUACAUCUCCAACACCACAACAACAGUUGAGUGGACCCUGGGGAGCCAGGGUGAUAUCCAAGUCCUCCUGAACCAUAAAACCAUCCAGUUUUCCUAUGCCCAAGACAUGGGUGCAGAGGUGUACUACAGCCCUGGUGUCCUGCUGGUCAAUGCCUCUUCUAUCACAGUUGUUUUCGACGGGGCCAUUGCCAUCACCAUCUCAGCCACCUCCAGGAUCCUCAGCAUGGUCUGCAGCCUUCCCAGUCAAUACCGCAACAGCACUAAGGGCCUCCUGGGUGUGUGGGACCAUGACACCUCAGAUGACUUCCAGAUGCCAAAUGGUACCAGCAUCCCUGUGAACAGCAGUGAGGAGGAGAUCUACAACUAUGGUUUGACCUGGGCUGUUGGAGGGCACAGCCUGUUUACUCAGCCUCUGGACUUACCAGCAAUGAACUUCACACCCAUCUUCUUGUCUCAGCUGCGGCAGGAGGAUGAAAGCCAGUACCAGCUGGCAGCCUCACAGUGCCGCGGCAGCAAGGAGUGCAUCUAUGAUUCACUGAGCACAGGGGACAUGGCGCUGGGUCUGGCCACCCAGAGCUUCACAGCCGACUUCCAGCAGAAGAAGACAGUACUCAAUGCCUUCCCUCCCAUCAUCACUGGUGAUCCAUCACUCACAGCCUUCAGGACAGAAAGGGUCAGGAGGCAGUACCGUGCCAUGGGGCUGGGUGCACACUUUGUCCCCCACCUCUCUCCAGAGCUCAACAUAUCAGAGAGUGGCACCUUGACAUGGGAACCCCGUGGGACAGCCCCGCUCACCAUCAACCUAGAGGCUGUUGGGUCUAACAACCUUUCUGCCCUUCUCCAGCUCCACUUCACACUUUGUAGCUGCAGCAGGAUCCAGGAGUGUGAUUACAGCAACACCAUCACCAUUGGAGGGUCCUCCCUGCAGUUGGCAGCCUGCAGGUGUGAGGGCGGCUACUCAGGUCCCUUCUGCCAGGACCCUCCGGACCCCUGUGCCCAGGGAUGCUUCCCUGGGGUGCACUGUGACUCCCUUGCUGGCUGUGGCCCCUGCCCUGCCGGCCUGACUGGUGAUGGGCGGCACUGCUCAGAUAUCAAUGAGUGCGCUCAAGGGGCGGCGUGCCCAGGGAACACCACGUGCACCAACACGGUGGGCAGCUACACCUGCUCCUGCCCAGCUGGUGAGGAGGGUGAGGAGCCAGGCUGUGGCUCAGCCUGCAGCUCCUACUCCUGUCCCACGGGAUACUGCAGUAAUGGGGGACACUGCCACCUGCACCCCAUCACCUGCACCCCCAGCUGCACCUGCCCCCCAGCCUUCACCGACCAGCAUUGCCUGGUGGCAGGGGGGGAUUUCCGGCCGUUAGCCGCUGCUGUUCUCCCCCUGGCAGGCCUGCCCCGGAGGAGCAUCCGGCUGCGGGUCAGGACGCUGGGAAACGCCACUGCCGAGGAAGUCAAUGGCACUGUCUCAGCCAUCCUGGCCUCCCUGGAGGUAAAGGCUUUCCAGUGCAACACCAACAUCACCCAAAUGACAGACAGUGAUGGCGUCACCUUCUCAGUGGUGUCCGAGUUCGCCUAUGACAGCCACAGCACCAUCAUCCAAUUCCUGAAUGAGGAGCUGCCGCGGGCCAUCACCGGUGCCUUCAACAGGCAUUGGGGACAGCAGGAAGCAGGCACUUGCCUGCUCUUCCAGCGCCUGCACCGGGACAACAUCACUGACCUGGUGAAGCUGACAGUGUCUGAGCUGAGGCACUAUUUCCCCUGCAAUCUGUAUGGCUACAAAGGAUACCAGCUCCACUAUAUAGGGACCGUCGGCUUCGUCUGCAUCUCACCUUGCAAGAAGGGGUACUGCCAGCACGGUGGCCAGUGCCAGCACCUGCCCGAGGGUCCCACCUGCAGCUGCCUGCCCUUCUCCAUAUUCUCCCCAGCCGGUGCCCGGUGUGAGCAGCUGGCCAUCAGCUUCACUGCCUUCCUCAGCAUCUUGGUGGUAGUCCUGGCUCUGCUCUGCCUCUCACUCGCCAUUGUCUGCCUGGUCUCACACCUCUGCCACCAGCAGCGCAGCCAGCACGAGGGGGCCAGGGACACCUUUUGGAUGCCACGGCCCUUCUCCUCUCUGACAAUGGCAGGAGAGCAUGCAGAGCCCACCCACCCUCACUCCAUGGAAAACUUUUGGGAACUGCAGCUCCAGCCCAUUGACCCCCUAAUCCAGAUGAGGAUCCAGAGACCCCACAUCAGGCCUCCGAGCCAGCCCCCCCCACAGCCUUAG